AUGUCGCUACAUCCAUUCGAUUCAAUCACUGAUGCAGAAAUCAGAUUAACAACAAAGUUGGUCAAAGACUUGAACAAAAACGCCAAAAUCCACUUUACUCAAUUAGAUAGAUUAGAACCACCAAAGAAAGAUGCUUUGAAAUAUCUUGAUGCUGAAAAAAAUGGUAGACCAUUACCUCAAAUCCCAAGAAAGACUUUUGUCUAUUACUAUUUGAAUAGUCAAAUGCCCUUGUAUAAGGCGCUUGUUAAUGUCACUUAUGGUCAUAUUAUUGCUAAUGAACCAAUCUUGAAAAAAGGUGUUAUUGGUCCAUUAUUACCAGAAGAUCUAUUAGACACUGAAAUUGCUGUAUUGGAAAAUCCAGCUACCAAAGCUGAAAUUGCCAAAUUAAAUUUACCAGACAAUAUCAAAGUUUGUUGUGAUACCUGGAUGUAUGGUACAGAUAGUGAUGAUAUUGAUCGUCCUUUGGUUCAAGGUUAUGUGUAUCUAAAAUUGGAUCAUCCAGAUGCAAACCAUUAUUCAUUACCUGUUAAGUUUUCUCCUGUUAUUGAAUUAUUAACCGGAAAAUUUGUUAGAAUGGAUUAUUUACCUGCUGGUGUUGAUGAGAAAACAGUUGCUACUCAACCAUGGAAACAAGUUGAGCCUGUUGAAUAUCAUCCUUCUUUAUCGGGUGAAGUGGAAAGACCAUUGAAACCUUUAAUUGUUCAACAACCAGAAGGUGCUUCAUUCACUGUUGAAGGAUCUAAAAUAAAAUGGCAAGGUUGGGAAUUCAGAGUCUCUACAAACGUUCGUGAAGGUUUUGCUAUUUAUGAUGUUUAUUUUAAAGGUCGUUCUUUAUUUUAUAGAAUGUCAUUAAAUGAAAUGACUGUUCCAUAUGGUGAUCCAAGAGCUCCUUAUCAUAGAAAACAAGCUUUUGAUCUUGGUGAUAUUGGAUUUGGUGUUAAUGCAAAUCAAUUGAAUUUAGGUUGUGAUUGUCUUGGUGUUAUUAAAUAUUUAGAUACUUUAGGUAUUAAUCGUGAAGGUGAACCUUGGCUAUUAACAAACACAGUUUGUAUGCAUGAACAAGAUUAUGGUAUUUUAUACAAACAUUUAAACUAUAGAAAUAGCCACGCUGUUGUCACAAGAAGAAGAGAAUUUGUUGUUCAAACAAUCGCUACUGUUGGUAAUUAUGAAUAUAUUGUUAAUUUUGUUUUUGAUCAAGCUGGUGCAAUUACUGUUCAAGUUAGAGCUACUGGUAUUUUAUCUACUAUGCCAAUUGAUGAUGGUGUUGAUGUUCCAUGGGGUACUAAAGUUGGCCCUGGUGUUAUGGCUGCGUAUCAUCAACAUUUAUUAUCUUUUAGAUUUGACUGUAGAUUGGAUGGUGAUGAGAAUACUGCAGUUUAUGAUGAUUAUGUUCCAAUGGAAUUAGAUGAUAAACUAAAUAAAUAUGGUGUUGGUUAUGUUCAAAAGAGAACUAUUUUGGAGAAAUCUGGUUAUAUUGAGCAAUCACCAUUCACAAAUAGAGCUUAUAAAGUUAUCAAUGAAAACAGUAUCAAUAAAAUUACAGGUAAACCUGUUGGUUAUAAAUUUGAAAUGCCAGCUAAACAAAUGUUGAUUGCUAGACCUGAAUCAUAUAACUACAAAAGAGCUACAUAUUCUACACAACAAUUCUGGGUUACAAAACAUGAAGAUGAUAGAAACUAUGCAGCUGGUGAUUUAACAAAUCAAAGUACUGAAGAUACCGGGUUAUAUAAAUGGGCUAAUGGUGAAGAAGAUAUUAGAAACAAAAACUUAAUUGUCUGGCCAACUUUAGCAUUAACACAUCCACCAGUUACAGAACAAUUCCCAGUUAUGCCAUCUGAUUUCAUGCAAUUCUUAGUUACACCAUCUUCAUUCUUUGAAAAAAAUCCAGCUUUAGAUGUUCCAUUAGCUACUAAUUCAUUUAACAAAUCCAAGUAUUUUGAAGAGAAGAGUUCUGGUGACAAGUCUUGUUGCAAAACCACACUUUAA